AUGGCUCUCGCAAGAGCUCUAACCAAACGCGCAAAGCGACAACAUGAAGCUUCUUCGCCCAGUGAAGGCUCCUUCAGGUUCCCGGCAGGCACCAUCGAACGCUCCAAGAUCUCACUGCCAAUAGAGCUAAUCUCUACCACCAAUGUUAAUGCGCUGAGCGCUCCAGACAUCCGAUCUGCUUCAAGUAACUCAUCCAAUGCGUCCUUCCGCUCGGCAGACGACUCAGACUUCUCAUCCAUUUGCAAAAGUUUUCUCAGCACACCAGCAACGUCAGCUGACAAUUCCUCCAUCGAGUCCUCACCCAUCACACCAGAACCACGUCACGGCAAAGGAUUCUUCGACGCCGUUUCGCCCAAGAGAUCUGCCACCACAGCAGCACGAGGCCGAGCCUCAAACGGAACCCAAUCAAGCACCGAUGCACCCGCCCUCCCGCAACGCGCUCUCACUCACUCCAAGAAAGCCCAUCAAGAAGUCGCUCGCAACCGCUCUCUGUCUCGGCUCACCCCACCUCCAACAAUCAUGGACAACGCGACAAUGGUCCGCAACAGCGCCGACAUGUUCAGCCCCGCAGCCGUCGAUCCAAAUCAUCCCUUUGGCAAUGAGCUCGCCCAGGUCAACGAAGUGGCCGAGGAAUUUGGUGGUGUCUCGGCAUUGUUGCAAGAAGAAGAGCAGGAGAUGAAGAUGAAGGGCUUGCUCAGAUUUGGUGCGGACGAUUACGUGAAUGAGAUCUUGGGGCUGUGGGAAGGUGCCCAUGGGGACCGGUUGACGGGACUGGCUUCGCCAUGGAUUUGA